GGGUCCGAAACAUUAGGCGUGAUAAAUUCGUUAUAAGGAGACACACCACUGUCUGCAGUCGGCAUUUUAUGCCAGAAGAUGUCGUUGAAGGUGGCCGACGCCGUUUGAAACCCGGGGCGAUUCCGGUGUUGUUCGCCUGGAACAACUACAACCUGCCGGUCACUCGGCCAAGCGUGUGGCAAAGGACACAGCGGCAAGAGGAGGAGGAGGAUGAGGAUGAGGGUGAGGUGCCGAUCGAUGCCAGCGUGGCUUUGUGUCACGACUACGAUAGCAGACCAGAACCUGCAUUUAUGGACCUGGCCUACGAAAAAAUCCACGCACAGCAGCAGGUCAUCAUAGAGCUACAGAGGCGACUGGAGGAGGUUUCAUUGGGGCAGAAGUUUGGACUUGAAAGAUACAAGACCUCCGAUGAGGACAUCAGGUUUUACACGAGAUUUGCCAGCUACCGCCAUUUCAAUGCAUUUUGGUUGCAUCAGGUUGAACCUGUCGGUAGGAGAAUUGUCCGUGUUGGACAGUCUUCGUCAACCACAGUUCCUGAUGAGACUGCUGACCCACCACGUAGACCAAACCGCUGUCUACCGCUGAUUGAUGAGCUGUUCCUCUUUCUGGUCUAUCUGUCUCUGGGUCUGAAGGAGAGGGAUCUAGCGGACCGCUUCAACGUACAUCAAUCAACUGUUAGUAGAACAAUUAGGACCUGGGCUAAUUUUCUCUACACAGUUUUGGGUGCUGUGGGCAUUUGGAUGUCCCCUGAUGCAGUCCGUGCCAUGAUGCCUGACGUGUUUGAAAAGUACUCUGACACACAGGUGAUAGUAGACUGCACUGAACUAAAAUGUCAGACGCCUUCCUCGCUCCUUUUGCAGAGUAAGAUGUACUCCCAGUAUAAGUCUCAUACCACAGUAAAGGGAAUGAUUGGUGUGUCCCCGCACGGUGCUGUCACCUUUGUGUCAACACUGUACUCUGGUUCCAUUAGCGAUAAAGAACUGUUCAAGCAAUCUGGAAUCAUCCCUCUACUAGAUGAAAACAUGGCUGUAAUGGUUGAUAAAGGCUUUUCAAUUGAUGAUUUAGUACCGGGCAAAGUACACAGACCACCUUUUCUGGGAAGGAACUCUCAGCUGUCUCAUGAAGAUGUUUUAGCUACUCAGGAAAUUGCCAGGCUGAGAAUACACGUGGAGAGAGUGAUUAGGCGCAUAAAACAAAAUAAAUUAUUCGAUUCCAUCAUCCCUUUGACUAUUAAUGGUAGUAUCAACCAGCUUUUCGCAGUAGCCUGCCUUCUAUCUAAUUAUCAGAACAAACCACUGGUCAAGGCGUGGGCCAAAUAGAUGAUCUAAUUUACCCAGGGUUUCCCACAGCACUUUACAGCUUAGGCGGCCGCCUAAGCAACACACGCCUGCCGCCUUAACUACG